AUGCAUGGAAAUGUCAUGGAUGCGAUGGCACAAGCUAUUGAUCGAUCAGAAAUUAUUAUUAUUUGUAUGAGUGAACAAUAUCGACAAAGCAAUUUUUGUCGAGCUGAAGCACACUAUGCAUUUCAACGACAACGUCGAAUAGUUCCAGUUCUAAUGCAAAAGCAUUAUAAACCAGAUGGAUGGUUAUUAUUUUUGGUUAGUCAACUACUGUAUAUUGAUUUUACAAAAUAUGAAUUUGUGCGAGCAAUGGAAAUGUUAUCGAAAGAACUAAAAGCUAUUCAUGUUCCUGAUAUGAAGAUAACACCGGUUGAACGUGAAAUAGAUAUAGAUAUUAUGCCUCCUAAUGUAUCUGUAUCAUCAGUGGAAACAUUCUCUGAUAAUAUUCUUCAGUGGUCACAAACACAAGUACAUAAAUGGCUUCUUCAACAUAAACUCAUUCAACUAUCCCAGCUUCUCAUUGAUUGUAAUGGUCGAAGUUUAGUUCAUCUAUAUAAAUUCAUGAAGCAAAGUCAAUCAUCGCAAAUCUUAUCAAUACUUCAAGAAGAUUCACUUCGUCGAAUACAUCAGAGUAUAUCAUUAAUAGAGUUAUCUUGUUUUCAUUCUAUUAUGCAAGAACAGCAAGCAACUAAAUCAACUGAAAUCAAUAGAAAUGUAGAAGAAACUUAUUUUUAA